GGUUUUUAUUUUCUAACUGUCUUUCCCUACUUCUUUUCCCUUCCCUUCUCGGCUGGCGGCCUUUUGCCAAGCCCAUUCUGCCAUUCAAUCAUUUGAUCCUGUCGUCCAUCUGCUCGUUUGUCUCCCUUGCACCGACACCAGUUAUUAGUUGCAUAUUCUGUCACCAACCUACCAAGCUGUCAUUGGUGGCCGGUGUGAUAGUGUGGCUCAUUCGGCAAAAAUGGCACACACACGUCGGUCGCACAUUGCAACUUGCACUCGGCGCUGCCUAUUCUCUCCCCUUUCACCCAUCGCCGCGGCCCAUCUCCUGCGCGUACCGGCUGUUUCCUCUUUGUUGUUGCUGUUGUUGUUCCUCUUAAUUCCGUACUACGCCCUCGAAGCGCCAGUUGCAAUACCCCUCCACCUGUCAAUCGCCAUGGCCCCUUUGUCGGGAUGGUUCAUCGAGGUCGCAUUGAAUCUCCCCAACCGAGAAAUGGACCCGGCUGGACUUCUAUUCUUAGCAUCCACCCACUAACUUACAUAGUAGCAUCGCACCGUACGGAGUACGCCCGCCGCAGUCCAUGCGUCCUGCACAGUUCAUUCAGCUGCUGGUGCGCCAUCGCACAUCGCGACACCAUGUUCCAAUCAUCAGUCAGAGAGGCCACAGGCAAAGGAUUCGGGAUUUGGUGGGAAUAUCUACCUCCACUGGCGAGCAUCGUUUCCUCCAACGCCCUCUCAAACCCCAGAUUCUCUACAUACCUAGUACAUUGGCCUGUCACUGCCACACUUUAUCCGCUACUUUCUACUUUCAUUCGGCCGAGUGACAUGAUCCCGAACCACGUAAGCUCGGGGCCGGGCCGUACCUUGAUACGUCGGUGCACAUCACCAAGUCCAAAGUCAAUGGAGGUACAUAUUCAGGCAAAUCAAAAGAAAAGCCGCAAAGGAUAUUACACGAUAAAAAUAAAAUAACAGACAACAAAAUCCA